UGGUAAAUAAUCCAGUAUAGGUUGAUGUAUAAAUACAUCGUUACGCACGCUAUCUGCAUCUAUUGUUCAUCAACUGAAGUUCCCCUCGGAAGAAUGGAAAAAAAAUUGUUUUGUGAUUCAUAAUAUUUUGAAUUCAUUCUUACUGACCCGAUUCAAAGUGCUCCUGCAAAUAAAAUAUGAGUGUUAUUUUCAGGACUCUGAGCCGAUAACCGUACAUGAUUCUCGACAAUGGAUUCUUUUCUAAGCCGGUUCGUGCUCGCUUUGAUUCUUCUCUUUUCAACAAUAAAUGGACAAAGAAACAUAGUUCAGGUGGAGGAUGCAGAAUGCUGCUCCGAUAUCCCAGUGUCCAGCAACAUGGGUGCUCUGGGGUCGAGAUGCCCAACGUCACUACUUGAGACACAGUGUGGACAACAAGGCUGCUGUGUUGCAAUGAACCAAACGUCAGAGAGGACGGUCGCAGAGACGUAUCGUCCAUAUCCUUGCAUCGGUUCUGAUGACGUCAUAGAACCGUGGAAUGUUUGUGAUGGUAGAAUUGAUUGUCCUCGAGCAGACGAUGAAAUGUACUGUGGGAUGCACAUCUGUGCAUUGACAAUAUUCGAUGGCAUAUCGAACGAAAUUGAGGCACCUUGCCCUUUUUCCGAGGAUUGUUACACUCCGGAAGGCUCGUGUCUCAGCAGCGAACUGUGCCCCAAUCGAGGGCACAAUGCAACUGUCAUUACUAAUCUAUGUGUUGAUCCAUGUCCAGCGACUUGCCUUUGUGACGCCCUCACCAUGAUUUGCUUUGAGUAUAUAGGAGAUGGCAGUGAAGUGGAACCAAUAAUACAUCCGCGCUUGUUGCAAUUUGGCCUCAUAGAUGUAAGAGAAGACGUUGUCAUGAGCAAUACGUCGAGUACUACGAAUUUUGGAUCUAUUCUUCUUUUCAAUCCAUCCGACAUUCCCUACGUUAAUACGCUGGCUAUUAUUUCACCUGAUCCGUUGACGGAACUGUUUCAUCUUGAGAUCGAGGAGGAUGCCUUUGCACACAAUUCCUUUCUACAUACACUGGUUCUGAAAGGAACUACAUUGGAUUCCCUGACUCGAGGAAUGUUUAGGGGACUUUCAUCUUUGGAGUACCUGAACCUAGAUGAUAAUCUAAUUCAUAACCUAACGGUCGAUUCCUUUGCCCAUUUAACAAAGUUGCAAUCGCUGACGCUUGCUAACAAUCAACUCACCGUUAUCGAAUCAGGCUCGUUCGAUGGUUUACGCAAUCUGAGGUCAUUAAAUCUGGAUUUCAAUUUAAUUACUGUGAUCGCGGAGGGAGCAUUUUACGAUUUAAUUCAACUCAGAGUUUUGUUCCUGACAACACCAGAAAUACAGGAAUUUCCGGUAGAGAUCUUCGAAGGAUUGGAAGGACUUCAAUCUAUGUAUGUUACUGACUUCCGUCUCUGCUGCCGGGUAUCCAACCUGAAGGAGUGCGUUGACUACGAGCCAGUGCGGUUUUCCUCCUGCUCUGGUCUGCUCGAAUACCAGGCUCUCGGCAUUUGCAUGUGGCUCCUUGGAGCUUCGGCCUUUUUCGGGAACGCAUUCGUCCUGGUGAUGCGACUCCGUGCUCAAAGGGACCUCAAGAGAGCAAGAAAGACGGUCAAAAUCCAAUCGCUUCUCAUUAUUAACCUCGCCACGGCUGAUCUGCUGACAGGACUUUAUAUGCUCGUUUUGGCAGCGGCAGAUACAGCAUUUGGGUCAGAGUACUUCGUGUACGCCGCCGAGUGGCGGGAAGGGCUGCCCUGCAAGAUAAUUGGAAUCCUCGCUUUGUUGUCCGGCGAGGCUUCUGUUCUCAUCCUGGCUCUUAUCAGCAUCGAUCGUCUUCUUGUAGUGGUCUUUCCCUUCGGACCAGUCCACCUUUCUGUUAGGUCAGUGAAGAUCUGGGCUGCCGUGAUCUGGAUCUUUUCCACCAUAGCCGGCAUUCUGCCUCCGAUCAUUACCUCUGUUUUGAGCGAGGACGCGGUAGGCUAUUUCUAUAUCUACUCAGACGUCUGCCUCGGCCUUCCACUUAUUCGCAGCACCGAUGUUGAUUUAGUUGUCGAAGAGUACGACUACGAAACUGGAAACGUCGACUAUACUUUGAAUUAUAUAGCAGACGGAAAAUAUGCUUAUUAUGCCAUCCUGGUAUUCAUAGGUUUAAAUCUGCUGUGUUUUCUCAUCAUCCUCUUCUCGUACGUCGCCAUCUUUGUUUACGCGCGUCGUACGGCACGCAGGGCAAAGCGCACACCUGAAAGGGAACAGGAAUUGCGACUUGCCGCGCGCAUGGCCUUGAUCGUAGGCACGGACUUCUGUUGCUGGAUGCCGAUCAUCAUCCUCGGUAUCCUCACGCAAACUGGCGCAGUCUCCGUUUCUACGCAAAUGUACGCAUGGUGCGUCGUUUUCAUCAUACCCAUAAACUCGGCAGUAAACCCUUUUCUAUAUACCUUCGGCGAGGCAUGCACACGGGGAAGACGAGGUAUUCGCGGUCAUUCGUCAACUCCGGUUGCAUCAAACUCCGGAUCAAACUCAGAGCAGAAUUCCAAAGGAACAAAGACAUCUCUCAUUUGAAGUAUGAGGAACUCUUUCUUCAAUACAAUCUUCUUCAAAUCUAUUCAUACCUUAAUAUCCGUUGUUGACUUAGGUGCAACAGCUACACUCAUAAUAGAUCGUGACAAGACUUGAGCUGGGUGAUCACAGUGUGUUCAUAUAAUGGACUAUUUGAGAUUGUUCACACUGAUAAAAUGCUCAAACUCAACAGUUUGAAGAUAUUUUCACACUGUGAACACCUCAACAGUGUCACUAUUCAUAGCAUGUUCACAUGGCUACCUGUGUGAGCAUGAUUGUGAUUUACACUUCCAAUGCUCAAAUUUAACAAUGUGAAUGUGAUUUCACGUAUAUGAUCAACACUGUAACCACAUUUAAGUCCGGUGUUGACCUUGGUGUUGGUGUUGACAUUCGGACCAUAGCUCCAAAACUUAUUUAGAGUUUGUAAAACGGAUCCAGAUCACAUU